UCCUACCAAUUCUGAGCAGAAGAAGAAGAGUGAAAGAGGAGAGAACUAAAAUGAAUGAAAGACCAGCAAAAAUUACUUGUUGCAAAGAGAGAACAGGCACUUGUUCAAUUCAAGAAAAAGCAACAAGAAGAUCGGAUUAUAUUCGAGCUAGCUUUUUCAUUAGUAUUUGAUGACAUGAUUAAAACCUUCACAAGAGAUCUAGCUCAAAGAUGUAUCUAUGAUGAGAAAUAAACUACAAAGAAAGGAGUCCAAUAUUGCUGCUCAUCACGAGCGAGAUUUUAUUCUGUAUUUCACUAUUAAAGAUAUGCUACAGGAGAUUUCACAAGACUCAAUAAGUGAGGUUACUCAAAAAAUCAGUUCUGAAAGACUCAUAAGACAUGAUAUGGAUUUCAGGAGUUACCAAAGCGACCUUAAAUCUAUCACUGAUCAAGGAUAUUGCAUUUCUCCUGAGCAAUCAAAGGUUUCACCUGAUUUUAAUGAGAAAGUUUUGAAUAGCUUUGAGAUUCCCAAAACUUUUGAAAGAAGCUGAGAAGAGUCAACUCACAAAAAUUCCAUUAUAGAACACAUUCAUGGCACAGUCUUUACUAAAGUACUUAUGGAGAUGACUCAAGAUGUGACUACUAAAACAUAUGGAGGAAUAAAGAGAGGAAUAGAGAGCCGAAUGAACCAUUCAAUCUAUACACAGAUUACAAAUAAUCUCGUAGAAUCAGAGCUCAACAAGUUGGUAGCAGAGCUCUCUUAUGAAUGCAUCAAUAAGGCUAAAGCAGAAAAUAAAUUAGCUUCUCUAGAAGUCUUACUUGGAAGGAAUUCAUUCAGCUACGAAUGAGCAUACUACAUAAAUGGGCUUAGAAAAGAUAAUCCCGAUAUUAUCAAAGAUAUUUCUAGUCUUAGCAUCCCGGAGAAAGUUCAGGAGCUAACAGCUGCCUACCAAGAAAGACUGAUCAAGGAAACUACACUUCGCAUGAUAACUGGAGUUGCUAGAGAUUGCUUGAGAGGAGCUAAAAUCUCCAAAUUUAGUAUAAAUAUCCAAUAUGAAGGCUCACCAGAGUCAAAGAUCAGCCUAGUUUCCCCUUCAUGACGGAUAUCUGAGUUCAAAGAAGCCGAAUACCAAGCAGCUGAUAUUAGUAAGGUGCAACAAACAAUGGAAGAUACAGGAUUUUCACCUUUUAAGGAAUCUAGAGCAAGAAGGGUAUAUCAUAAAAUCCUUGAGAAAAUCUUCUCUAGUUGAAUCAGGUAAAAUCGAAAAUUAAGAAUGUAAAUAGAAAAAGCCAGAUUAUGAGCAAUU